UAUGGCCAAUGGUCAGCGAGAGAGAAGAAUCCCUAGCGCGCAGAGAAAGGUCGUUGGCUGCGCUUUUUAAGCGCCCCGGGAGGCCAAGCAGCUCUUCUUGACCCAUCGAUUCGAUCGAUCGCAGGCGAUCGAUCUCAUGGCGCUGCAUGCAGUGGGGCAUUGUUUCCAGGGGACCGUGCUAGCGCCUGCUCAUGGGGCCAAUUUGCGCUCUUCGUCGCCAUGCGUCAGCGUCAAGAUGCCUCCCGCGGCUCAAGGAUUCUCUCUGGAUCUUCAUGCUGCGGCAUACUUUGGUGAAUCCAGGAAAGCUGCGAGGAGAGUUUUCUUUCGAGUGAAUGCCAAGGUUGCUACUACCGCUGCUCCAGAUCUUGACACCGCCAGCGACCCUCCAUUGAACAUAUUCAAGCCCAAAACUCCAUACACCGCGACCAUCAAGUCAGUGGAGAGGAUUGUUGGCGACAAAGCUCCUGGCGAGACCUGUCACAUUGUGAUCGAUCACGGUGGAAACGUUCCUUACUGGGAAGGCCAGAGUUACGGUGUCAUUCCUCCGGGUGAGAAUCCCAAGAAGCCUGGAACUCCUCAUGCCGUGCGUUUGUACUCCAUCGCGUCGACGAGAUAUGGUGACGACUUCGAUGGUAAAACAGCGAGCCUUUGCGUGAGAAGAGCAGUCUACUGGGAUCCAGAGACGGGGAAGGAAGAUCCUGCAAGAAAGGGAGUUUGCAGCAACUUUCUCUGUGACAGAAAACCCGGAGACAAGGUCCAGAUCACAGGGCCUUCGGGGAAGAUCAUGCUACUACCAGAAAGCAACCCCAAGGCAGCACACAUUAUGAUCGCCACAGGCACUGGUAUCGCACCAUUCAGGGGCUACUUGCGAAGGAUGUUCAUGGAGGACGUGAGCUUCAAGUUCGGCGGCUUGGCGUGGCUCUUCCUGGGCGUUGCCAACCGUGACAGCCUCCUCUACCACGACGAGUUCGAAGGCUAUCUCAAGGAGUACCCGGACAACUUUAGAUACGACAUCGCGUUGAGCCGAGAGCAGAACAACAAGCGGGGCGGGAAGAUGUACGUCCAGGACAAGAUCGAGGAGUACAGUGAGGAAGUUUUCAAGCUUUUGGACGAGGGAGCGCACAUAUACUUCUGCGGCUUGAAGGGGAUGAUGCCGGGCAUCCAGGACACGCUCAAGAGAGUCGCCGAGGAGCGAGGAGAGUCUUGGGAAGAGAAGCUGUCGAUGCUCAAGAAGAAGAAGCAGUGGCACGUCGAAGUCUACUGAAAGAUGAUCGAAGAGAGAGAGAGACAUUCUCUUUUGGUUUUAAUCCUUUUUGCCAUUGUUUUGUAAGAAGGCAGGAGAAUUGUCCUCCUGCAGCAAAAAAAAAACCAAAGCGAUGAAAGCCGAUUUAAAUGAGAA